CGGCAAGGUAGUGACAACAUGUACAAUCAAGUGUAUACAGUGCGUUUAAAAUGAGAAGUGAAUGAAGGAUUAGGAAAGAGACUCUCAGAGCGUUUAACAAUGUUUGUGUAAAUCGACUUAAAGCGUGCUUGAUACAAAUAAAUUUUAAAGCAUGGCCGAGAGUAUCGAAACAAAACACGAGAACUGGCUGAGAGUUGUAUGGGGACUCCUGUACGUCAGAGAAGGACUUCAGGGAUACGUAGACACAAAGGGAAAGGAACAGUACGAAACGUUCAUGAACAAUGUGAAUGGAAAGUGUAAUAACCAGACAUGUAAUCAAUGUCAGGUUAACAGUAAAUGUCAAAACGGCACGACUAAAGUGACAGAAAAAUCCAGAUUCAGGCCGGGCCAUUUCUGUGAUGAAAUGAACAAAAACAUACAAAACAAUCAUGUUCGAAUUAAACCAUUGUGGACGAAUACAGAUUCUACAAAAUGGCAGGAUCCACAUGAUGGCUACUGGGAGGUUGCCAAGUGUUAUCUUAGUACAUCCGGCUACUUGGACAAGACGGGGCCAAAUCAGGUGGAUGCUUCAGGACUCUUAAGCAUUUGUAUGAACAGCGCGUUUAUCAACCAACAUAUAGGAUAUAUUCAGCAUUUUGAAGAGGUGCGAGACAUAAGAAACAAGACCCUUCAUGAUGCCUGCUAUGAACUGGACGGACAAACAGCAGACAUCUGCCUGGACAAGAUGAUAACCGUACUGGAGGACCAACAAGAACUUAUAUAUGAUGCAUUUGCAAAGCAAGCCGCUAUCCAAAUAAGAAAGAUCAAAGCCAAGACUGAAAACCCACCGGCGAUCAUGACUGAACCUUUUCGUAAAUUACUGCGUAUGAACCUUAAUGUCGAAAUGGCUCUAACUGAGAUCGAGAAGCUGAUGAACGAUAGGCUACGCAAGAAUCUUCAACAAUUGAUAGUUGACGAGGUCAAACGUGAAGUGAGGCACAGUUUGGGUGUAAGGGGUGACGAUAAAAGGGAGCAAGUGAAAACUUUAUGUCAACGGCUUGCCAAGUACUACCAGACAAAACUUAACAGCGCGCCAAUAUCGCCUUUGCUCUCGAACAAGGACGAGAGAUUGGACAAGUUUUACGUUCCUCCGAUGAUCGUCAAAAAGGACCCUAGAAAAGUUGGUGUAGCAGAAAAAAAAGAUUUUGGAACUCGCAUAACGUCAGAUAAACAAUUGUUCUGUAAAGAAACUUCGUUAAGGGAAAACGUGUUCAUUGUUGGUGAGGCCGGGAUGGGGAAAACUGCCUUUACCUCAGUAUGUGCAUUAAAAUGGGCCAACUAUUUCUCAUCAACGAAAACGUCGCCGCAAACGCAACAGGAGCGGUCAAAUUUGCGUAUGUUAAAAGAAAAGUUCAAUGGUCUUUUACAACAUUUUUAUUCCAAACCUGAGGAGGACGAUCGAUGGGCAAAUCAUAUCUCAUCAACGAAAUCGUCACAGCAAACGCUACUUGAGCGUUUCGUGUCGAAAUGGCGUCAUUUAAAAGAAUUAUUCAAUGAUAUUUUACUACCUUCCUUUCCCGAAUAUGAGAAGGACGAUCUGCAAUUUCAAGAUGAAACUUUGAAUAAGGAAAUCGAUAUUUUAUUUCAUCUCACUCUGAGAGAUAGUUGUGACCUCUGUGACCUGACAGAUAUGAUACGAGAUCAGCUUAUCGACAGAAUAUACCAACACGAUGAGAUAGCCUCUGCGUACUUAACUUUGGAAAGUGCCUUAUUGAAUAAGAGAUGCGUUAUCAUAGCAGAUGGCUUGGAUGAGUGGACUCAUCCAAAAUGGAACCUGCAGCUGUAA